UGAUAGUGAUAAAUUAUGGACCAUCCCUGAAACGAAAUUUCUGUUGGAUAAAUACAAUUCAUACCUUUCAUUAGUGGGUCCAAUGAAAAGGUACAAAACUAAAAAAGCCAUGUGGAACCGAAUUGCCCAAGAUUUAAAGGAAAUUUUGAACAUUGAACGGACUGGUGUGCAAUGUAAAAAUAGAUAUAAAACGGUUAUAAAGAGAAAGAAAAAAUCAAUAGAUAAUAACAGCAAAUCAGGUUCUAGCAGAAUGGAGGUUGAGUAUGAAGAACUGAAGAAAAUUUCAGCAGCAGACGGUAGUAUCGAACCAGAAAUUUUAAGAGGUGUAACAAACAUCAAAAAUAAUGUAGCAUUGAAAUCGUGCAAUCUAAAAAUAUCAAACACAGAAGUUAAAAAGAAGACUAAGAAAUCUUUGCAAGAUAUUUUAUAUGACAUUAAUGAGAGAAAAGAAGCAGCAAAACAACGUCGUCACAAAGAAAAGUUAAAAUUAUUAAAAGAAUUAUACAAGAAAGGAUGCAAGGAUCAAGAAAACAUGUCAGAAAGUGGUAACCAGGAAAAUGAAAAUUAA